AUGGGUUUCCUCGGAGAAGAAACUGUUUUCCACCCAGAUCCUGAGGGCAAAAUCGUUGGUGAGGUCGUGAAACCAAUUCACGAUACAGAUAUUGCGUUAAUAAAAUUGCGGGAUGGAAUCAUGUUCGAGAGGACUCUUAGACAAUCAAGACCCUAUCACCAAGAAUUACCUGCGGACCUCCGGGUUAUGAGCUUUCAAAACAUUUUCAACCUAACCGGGGUGAAAUUUACACAAAUCAUCGAAUCCCCUCGGGUAAUGUGUGUUGGUAGCCUACUCUACGUGGACAACCCCUUUACAGGUUACAUUGAGGGUGUCUAUUAUGGCCACGAGUUGCAACGUGUCCCUGCAGAUGGAAAUAUAUCAAAAACUGGGUGGGUUAGCCAGGACUGGGCAUGGUAUGGACAGUCUACGCACUCUAUCAAUCGAGGGGUCUUGUGGGUCCCCAAUCUGGAAUGA